AUUGAAAUUCCUAGAUCACUUGUUGAGGUUGUUACCAACUGGAAUCUACCAAUGCAUUUCUGGCUCAAAACUUGUAAAAUUGUUUUUUUUUCUUUUGCAAGAUUAAUUUUUUUGUGUUCCAUACAAAAUAAAUUGGAAUAUUCUAUGUUUUAAGAAAAUGACAUUUGUUAAUUCAGUCAUUUUAUAACUUGCUGAAAAGAUUAAGUUUUUAUUUUGCAAGAUGAGUAUUUGAGUUAAAAAUUGUGAUUUUGAUAUCUCAUGGCGCAAUACUGUCAAUAAUGUUACCUGGUACGGUAUUUUAAAACCAUUUUAAUCUCUAACAAGGAUUCUUCUUGUAAAGACAUUAGUGAUAAUAAAUGUUAAAUUGUCUUCUAUUGCAAUAAAAACUUUAGUAAUGGAAUAAAUUUUAAUGUAUAUUAUUUUUAUUUUGGAAUAGACUUCCAUAAUAGUGUAUUGUUUAUUUCCUGCUAAAGUAUAUUAUGAAUAAUGUUGUGAAAAGAUUUUAUUUACAACAGCAUAUUAUUUAUUGUUCCAGAUGUUUUCAAAAUGGUCCGUCCUUAUGGAACUUUUCUAGCCAUAAUUUUAACAUAUGCAGCCAGUUCACUCUUACAUGUAAGUAUUUUGUUGCAGCAUAUGUUCCUAACUACUGUAUUUAGCUUUUGUAUAAUGUCAUCAUUUAUUCAUUAAAAUGUAGAUUAGAUGAGUUCACAAGCUUUUGUAUUAAAUUGUUACUAAUUCAGUUUCAUUUAUUUAAAGCUUUAAACAAACAUGUUAACACUUUGGAAAACUAACUAUUAAAAUUAAUUUAAUGCUUUUCUUGACACGAGCUGUUCAUAUUUAAGGUAAGCCUUGGAUUGUCUUAUUUUAGGGUCUUAAUUUCCAACUGGCAGCAGUUCUUCUGUCCUUGGGCUUUUAUUCUUACACAGAGUUUGGUGAGUUAUAUAAAGGUUAUAUAUAAUGGCCACUUGGUUGAAUGGAAUCAUGCUACUAUUUGCUACACCGUACAAACAUGUCCACCUCAGACUUAGAUCAGAUGCAUACAUUUUAUUUUAUAUGGAUACAGCAAUAAAAGGAGACAUAUUUUUUAUUACACAAUUUUGAAGUAGGAUUUGUUAGUCAAUAUAAAAACAUUGUAACAUCAAAUGUAUGUUGAGAUUUCAAAUGUGAAAAGACAUUUCAAAUUUUAAUUAUCAACUCAAAAAAUAUUUGAUGAAUUACUGUUACCCUUUAAAUUUCUGUUUGUGUAUGGAUGAAGUUUUCUAAAUAACGGAUAUUUUUAAACUAUACAAAAAUAUUCAAACAUGGUACCGGUUAUUAAAGUGACUUAAAUAUUUCAAUCUAUGUGCCAGAAAAUCUUUAUUCUUUGAUAUAUUUUUUAAGCUUUAUGAUUUCAGUUUUGAGAGUGAGACUUUCUAAAAUCUUUGAUGCUUGCAUUCAAGCCAAAAGGUGUAAAGAGAAAUGUGAUCACAAGUACAAAAGUGUAAGUGUAUAACUUGUGUUAACAUAAGGACUUAUUAAACAGAACUUACCACAGACAUCAUAAGUGGAAGCUAUUGAGUUUCAAUUUGUGGCUGUUGUAAGUCGUCCGCAUAUCCUUGUCAUAGAUAAACAUAAUGAACAUGCACACGUAUGCAUACAAAAUUAAUAUAACUUGUAUUAUAAGUUGGAACAAGCAUGUGGAGAAAAACUCUCUACAUAUUCCUUAUAAAAGAAGAAAGAUCAAAUAAUUUCUUGAAAUUCCUUUUCAGAAUCACCCUCUUGUUUUGGUGACUAAUUUAGCAUUUGGUGCUCUUGCUAUCUUUCAUCUCGCAUACCUUGGACUUAUGUUUGACAGCAGCGAUGGAGAAGAAAAGGUAGGCAUUUUUUGUAAAUGUGAAACAUGGUUUAAUUUCUUUUACAUGAAUAUAUGAAUUUUUUAAUUGUUUAAUGGUCAAUUAGAUAAAGAUUUCGCUCUUUAUUUUACCACUUUAUUUCAACAAAGUCAUGACCAGGUGGACCUCUAUCUGCAUUCUACUAAAUUUUGAAUUUCUCUACAUGUUCAGAUUAGGCUUAGAACAGACAUGUUAAUGAUGACUUGUUUCUUCCCAUAGGGCUACACCAUGUGGCACACUCUGAGCAAGUGGUCUAGUUUAAACUUCUUAAGCCACUGGGUAGCACUGGGGACUUUCAUCUUCUACUGGCUCAUUUAGGAUAGUCAAUAACCAGAAAGAAGAAAAGCUUUUAUAGAUCAAGUGAUGAGGACAGUGCCACAGGAACAAACUG